CCGGUGACAUAGUCUACAUGUACAGUCGACAUAGCGAUCGUCACGUCCGCUGAACUUGUCUCAACCACAAGUAAAUUUAGUUCGAGUAGGAUUCAUUUAAUCGUGUUUAGUGUUUUUCACAUUUGGAACUGGGCGUGUAUCUAGAGAUUGUAAAUCAACAGCUUAGUCAAGAUGAGAAAUCUUGUCUUGACUCAGCGCCGCUGCAUAAGGAAAGCCGAGUUUUCCGAAUCAAGAUUUCUCAGCAUUGAUUUUGAUACAAGCAAAGUUUACACAGCAAGCAACACUGCCUUUGCCUGCUUGGACCCUUCAACCCAAGAGGUCGAAUGGACAGUAGAUUUUAAGACACAUGGCUUUGACUAUGAGGCAGCUGGACACCGAGUAGUUUCCAUACAGCAUCUCCCAGGCCAGCAGUCCCUCUGUAUCACAGUCACUAACGGAGAUGUUCUUCUGUAUAAUACAGUAUCAGCUGAGCUUGAAUGUGUAGGGAGUGUGGAGAAUGGUCUGUGCUGUAUGAGCUGGAGUCCAGACCAAGAAUUGGUUGUCUUGGCAACUGCUGCUAAUACACUUUUGCUAAUGACCAAGGAUUUUGAACCAGUCCUGGAAACUGCACUUCAGCCAGAUGAGUUUGGACAACAGAAACCAAUUACUGUUGGAUGGGGUAAGAAAGAAACCCAGUUCCACGGCUCAGUGGGCAAGCAAGCAGCGACUCAGCAAGCUGAGAAUGUGAAGCCUGCCCUCACUUGGGAUGAUGGACAAGUCAGAAUAAGUUGGCGUGGUGAUGGCGAGUGUUUUGUCGUCACUUCCAUCAACACAUUAACAGGUGCAAGGCAACUGCGUGUGUGGAACAGAGAGUGUGUCCUGCAGUCCACCAGUGAAAAUGUGAAUGGCUUGGAGCAGGCUCUGGCAUGGAAGCCAUCUGGGAGCUUGAUAUUAUCUAGUCAGCUUCUUCCUCAUCGACAUGAUAUAGUGUUCUUUGAGAAGAAUGGACUCAGACACGGAGAGUUCACUCUACCAUUCAACAAGGAUCAAGUCAAGGUGAAUGAGAUCCUUUGGAACACGGAAUCGACUAUCCUUGUUUUAUGGCUUGAAGAACUACCCACUGAAAACAAUUCUGACCUUUCUACUUUCAUCCCAGAAUCAUAUGUUCAAGUAUGGACAGUAGGGAACUAUCACUGGUACCUCAAACAGAGCCUCCACUUCUCAGCCAAUCAGAGACUGAAUGCUUUAACCUUUGACCCUGAGCAUGCCAAUCAGCUUCAUCUGCUGAACAGCGCUGGACAGUACCUAAGAUACAGCUGGACCUGGCAGACGGCAAGCAGUAGAGGGCUGGGUGAAGAAGACCAGGCUGUCACAGCGGUUAUCGAUGGAAAGGAUGUUUUGGUGACCCCUUUCAAGAAGAUGGUAGUGCCCCCACCCAUGUCGGCCUACACAUUGAUGAUGCCAACGUUUGUCAAUCAAGUAUUCUUUGCCCCUCCCCCUCAUAGCAACAACAUAGCGAUAGUGCUACAGGAUGGUCGUAUUGCAUUCUACAUGCACAAGACUGAUGGUGAGGAUGAGAAAGAAGAUGCUUCUGUCAAACUGGUUGCUGCUGGAGGAAAUGGCUUCAAAACCAUGGCAACCACCCCUAAGCUCAGAGGCAUUGCAAGGAUAGAGGAUGGGUCUGGCAAUGCAGUUUCUUUGGAUAUAUCAUUUCAUCUUCAUCACUUGAUGUGGAUCCGAGCUGACUGCCUGGUAGCAGUGUCAUACAAUGAUGAGGACUCUGUGAGCUCACUACAUCAAAUCAAAUGCGAGGGACUAGGAAGUGGUGAAUUGAAAUUAGUGUGCAAUCAAGCAGAGAGUCAGCCAAUAUUCGGUGAGGUUGUCUCGGUCAGUUGCCGUGGCGAUGAAGGCUCUUUGGCAAUCCAGCUGGAUGAUGGUACAAUCGUAGAUGAGAGCAAUGAAUUCAUCACCAAACUACCCCAACGAUGCUCACAUGUUGCUGUCUGUACAAUGGCCGGCCAGGAAGCGGUUCUUGGACUGACUGAGCGGUAUCGUUUCUAUGUCAACGAGAUGGAGAUUGCCUCCAACGUCACUUCAUUUGCUAUCACUAAUGAGUUCCUUGUUCUGACUACACACAGUCAUACCUGUCGUUGUAUUAGCCUGGAAACUAAAUUAGAAGAUCUAUCAGCUCUUAGUGAAGGCAAGACAGUCUCCCUUGACGAGAGCGUGAGACGAGUGGAGCGAGGAUCCCGCAUCGUCACGGCGAUAGCGUCCGACACCCGUCUGGUGCUCCAGAUGCCGAGGGGUAACCUUGAGACGAUCCACCCGAGAGCUCUGGUCCUUGCUGCCAUCAAGAGAUCCCUGGAUGCCUUGAUGUAUAAGGAAGCCUUCACCGUCAUGAGAAGACAUCGUAUCGAUAUGAACCUCAUCGUAGACCAUAACCCACAGCUACUUCUGAACAACAUAGACACCAUGGUGACCCAGCUGGACGACCCCACCAGCCUCAAUCUCAUUCUGAUGGAUCUCAAAGAGGACAGUAUUACUACCACCAUGUAUGCUGCAGCCUACCGCACCCCUGCCCCACCCUUCACUCUAGGGCCGGGGCAGACCAGUAAGGUGGAUGUAGUGUGUGAUGCUGUCAGGGAGAGUCUCUACAGGCUCAAUCCAAACAGAUUCUUCUUGUCAGUCCUUGCCUGCCAUGCCAAGAAAACCAAACCCGAGCUAGAGAAGGCCUUAGAGAAGAUCAGACUUAGGCAAGGUCAAGGGUCAAAUGAGGAUUCAGAUUGUCCGUCAGCAGAUGAGGCUCUUCGCUAUCUCUUAUACCUGGUAGAUGUCAAUGAACUCUUCAAUGUUGCUCUGGGAACCUAUGACUUUGACCUUGUACUCAUGGUUGCUGAUAAAUCGCAAAAGGACCCCAAAGAGUACCUGCCCUUUUUAAACCAGCUGCGUAACAUGGAACCAGACUACCAGCGCUACUCCAUAGACAAGCACCUCAAACGUUACGUCAAGGCCCUGGGACAUGUGAGCCGGUGUCCUGAUCACUUCUCAGAGUGCUUGGAUCUGGCCAUAGAACAGAGACUCUACCCAGAGGCACUGAAGCUCUUCAAGAGAGGGGAUCACCAGUACAAGGCUGUAGCACAGAGCUAUGGGGAGUACCUACAGGAGAAGAACCGCUACUUGGAGGCUGCCCUCAUGUUUGAGAUGUGUGACAACCUCCAGAGGGCGCUAGAGAUGUACCAGAAAUGCAGCAACUGGCGAGAGGUCUUCUCUCUUACAGCUCGUCUCAGCUACAGCACACAGGAUGAGAUGGCUCUGGCUAGGAGGCUAGGAGGUCAGCUGUCCAGUAACACAAGGCACUCUGAAGCAGCUAUGGUCCUGAUGGAAUAUGCUAAUGAUUUAGAAGAAGCAAUUACAACUCUGGUUGAUGGUGCACAGUGGGAAGAGGCUCUUAGAUUGAUGUACAAGCACAAGAGGACUGACUUCAUUGAAACAGCAUUGAAACCUGCCCUUAUUGAGAAUUAUGAAAACAAGACUGACAGCUUAGCCAACUUCCGCACCACAUUCGAGCGUCACAAAUCCCGCCUCUCCGUCGUCAGGGAAACCAAGGCUCGUCAGCUGCAGGAGAUAAUGGACGGAGAGGGUGACCUCAAUGACCUUGACGCUGACCUUUACUCCGAUGCCAGUAGUGUGAUGGGAAGCGUGACUAGGAGCGAGACAGGAAGUACAGGGAGUUCUGGGAGCACCAGGUCGUCGCUGAGUGCGUAUACGGCCUAUUCUGAGGGGAAGCCAAGGCAGCAAGGUCGAGCUGGUAAGAACAAGAGAAAGAGCGAGCGAAAGAAGAACAGUCUGAAAGAAGGCAGUCGUAAUGAAGACAUUGGACUUAUGGAGGCUCUGCUCUUAGUCAUGAAGAAUGUGGAUAGUUUGAGAGAUGAAGUUGGUGUCCUACUGCGAAUGCUGAUCAAGUUUGACCUCGAGGUCGAGGCAGAAGCUCUACAGAAUGACCUGCAGUCACUGCUGAAGCUCCUCCAGACCUCUGUGAAUGAUAUCUGGCCAACUCAGUCCAGUAAUGAUCAGACAGCCUCACAGGUAUAUGGACCCCAAGCUACAACAAACAGCAUUGUUGCCAGUAUAACUCAGCUAGGCGGGCCACAGAGGUCAUUCAGUAGGGAUGAACUAGCUUGUUUAGUACCACCCAAGCUAUCAGAAGAUCAAAAAUGGAAGCUACAUCUGCUAGAGUCCAGAUGAUAUACCAUUGAUCAUUAAAGAGACUAGACAGGACCGUGACUCAGCUAGGCGGGCCACAGAGCUCAUUCAGUAGGGAUGAACUAGCUUGUUUAGUACCACCCAAGCUGUCAGAAGAUCAGAAAUGGAAGCUACAUCUGUUAGAGUCCAGAUGAUAUACCAUUGAUCAUUAAAGAGUCUUAGACAGGACCGUGACUCAGCUAGGCGGGCCACAGAGAUCAUUCAGUAGGGAUGAACUAGCUUGCUUAGUACCACGCAAGCUGUCAGAAGAUCAGAAAUGGAAGCUACAUCUGUUAGAGUCGAGAUGAUAUACCAUGGAUCAUUAAAGAGACUAGACAGAGCUGUGACUAAUUGAUUAGAUAGUGUUAUUGAGGGAAUUUCUGUUUUUUUGUUUAUUUGCCAAACAAAGCUAACCUUUAAUUCUAUGAAAUGUAUUCUGAUGUAGUAGCAGGGUGUCACUAUUGUGUUACUUCAGUAUUUUUGCAAGGCUUGGGCAUUGUUUGAAGGGUACUGCUAGUCAAAAAUGCUUUCUCAAAUUAGCCUUGUGGUUUAAAGGUACUAUA